AUGGAUAUCGCUUGCUUUAUUCCUUUGCACUUUUACCAGCACCAGCACCACCAUCAUCAAGACUCGGGACCCCUCGCGUUAUCACGUACAGAUUGGCAUAGUAACAAAACCGAUACAUGCUUGCUUGUCAGCAGCCCUGCGCCGGCUUAUUCUUGCAAAUCAGAAACUAAAAAACGAAGUCUUUAUCAGCAGCAAACGCCAUCGUCUUUCGAAUUGUCGCGCACGAAGCGUCAGUGUCAACAACAACAACAACAAGAUAUGCAGCCUCGUCACCGCUCGUCUACCACAUCUAGGCCAACAAGUACCAAUAGAAGAAGAUCGUCUCGGCAAAAUCAACAGCAACGACAGCAAGAUGAGCAGCAACAACAAUAUCCGUCAAAUCAACAGCAGCAGACAUCGUCGUCGUCAUCGACAUUGUCAGUUAUUGCGUCGCCAGACGUUGCGACUGUCAACAGCAUUGAGGAUGAUUUGCAUCACUUGCGAGACGAAUGGGCGACGAUCGAUAUUGUUUUACAUUCACUCCGCAAUGUAUUCACAAUCCAGCCUCUCGAGACCGCCACGGAGGAGCAUUUGGACGAUGUGGAUCGCGAAUUAAGUAUUGCGUACGAUGAUCUCAAGGCUCAGGUUCGUCAUCUUGAACGUAGCCUUCAUCGUUUGGAUGCAGAAAUUAGUUCUUUUCGUGAACCUCGAACGCCAAUGACAACGACAUCCUCAUCGUCCGCUACUACUACUAUUACUGCUGCUGCUGCUCCUACUACCGGUGGUCUGGCGACAGCAGCAACUAGUCGGUCCACAUCACCAAAGAAAAAACGUUCAGCAUCGCCGUCAUCUACACACAAUGAAUCUCGAAGGCCUGUUUAG